AUGGGGACAGUUGUGUGGUGGCUAGUAACGGUGCUUGUGGUGGCGGUUCACUCGGCGUCUGCCGCGGUAAUAGAAGAAAAGUGGGAGGUUGAGUAUACGUUUUGGUGGCCGGAUUGUAAAGAAGGCAUUGUCAUGGCCAUCAACGGCCAGUUUCCGGGGCCGACGAUAGACGCCGUCGCCGGAGACAGAGUGAUCAUCCACGUCACCAACAAACUCUUCACCGAAGGUGUAGUCAUCCAUUGGCACGGCAUACGUCAGAUUGGGACACCAUGGGCAGAUGGAGCAGCCGGUGUGACACAAUGUGCCAUUAACCCUGGCGAGACUUUCACUUACAAUUUCACUGUCGAUAAAGCAGGGACACAUUUCUACCAUGGACACUAUGGGAUGCAAAGAUCGGCAGGACUGUAUGGAAUGUUGAUAGUGAGAUCGCCCAAAGAAAAGUUACGUUACGACGGAGAGUUCAAUAUGUUGCUAACUGACUGGUGGCACCAAAGCGUUCAUUCACAAGAACUCGCUCUUUCGUCUCGCCCUAUGCGUUGGAUCGGCGAACCUCAGAGUCUACUGAUUAACGGAAGAGGACAACACAAUUGUUCGCAAGCCGCGUAUUUCACCAAAGGAGGUGUGAGAGAGUGCACGUUUAAAGAAAAAGAUCAGUGCGCACCACAAACUCUACGGGUCGAGCCUAAUAGAGUUUACCGUCUUCGUAUCGCUAGCUCCACUGCUCUUGCUUCCCUUAAUCUAGCCGUCGAAGGACACCAGCUAGAGGUUGUUGAAGCAGACGGCAACUACGUCGCACCGUUCACCGUCAACGACAUCGACAUUUAUUCCGGCGAAACAUACUCCGUUCUUCUUAGAACCCACUCAUUCCCUUCCAAAAUAUACUGGAUCUCCGUCGGCGUUCGUGGCCGGAAACCCAACACUCCACCGGCACUCACCGUGCUAAAUUACGUCGAUGCCCCUGACUCCGACCGCCCAACUCAUCCACCGCCGGUAACUCCAAGGUGGGACGACUAUGAUCGGAGCAAAGCAUUCUCCAAAAAAAUCUUCACCGCGAAAGGAUAUCCACCGCCGCCGGAGAAAUCACACGACCAGCUAAUCCUCCUCAACACUCAGAAUCUGAUCGACAAUUACACAAAAUGGGCAAUCAACAACGUCUCUUUAUCCGUACCGGCGACUCCGUACCUCGGAUCAAUCAAAUACGGAAUCAAAUCGGCGUACGAUCUGAAAUCGCCUGGAAAAACGUUCACGAACGAUUACGACAUCAUGAAACCUCCGGCGAAUCCAAACACCAAAAAAGGUAGCGGGAUCUACAAUUUCCCGUCGGGAAUCGUCGUCGACGUGAUUCUCCAGAACGCGAACGUGUUAAAGGGGAAAAUCAGCGAGAUCCAUCCGUGGCAUCUUCACGGUCACGAUUUCUGGGUUUUGGGUUACGGCGAAGGGAAAUUCCGGCGAGGAAUCGACGAGAAGACGUAUAAUCUGAAGAAUCCGCCGUUACGGAACACGGUGGUUGUGUAUCCGUUCGGAUGGACGGCGUUAAGAUUCGUAACGGAUAAUCCUGGGGUUUGGUUUUUUCAUUGUCACAUCGAACCGCAUUUGCAUAUGGGUAUGGGUGUGGUUUUCGCUGAGGGAGUUAACCGGAUUGGUAAGAUGGAUAUACCGGACGAGGCGCUCGGUUGUGGUUUAACUAGGAAAUGGCUUAUGAACCGGGGACGCCGUUAA